CUGCAACGUAUGAGAGCUGCGAUGAACAUAAUCGAGCUGCAAAUGAGCGAUGAACGAUGACAACCCGCGAUGAACAACGGCAGCGGCAAACAGUAGCAAGCGGCUUCGAGCGGCAAAGGAGGCAAGUCGAGCAGCGGUGGCAAGCGGCGAGCAGCGAAGAAGCCACGACGAGCAGCGGCGGCCGGCGACGAGCUUUGUUCAGAUCCGAGGAUCUGCAAUGGCGGAGGCCGAACCUGCAGCAGCGGCGAUUGGUGGCGGUCGGUGGCGGAUCUGUCCAGAUCUAUGGCGGCGGAGGCUAGAUCUGCAGCGGCGGGUAUUUCAGAGACGGUUGGCGGCCAGCGGAGACCUUCGGCCGGAGACGGUCCGGUGGCGGUCGACGGUGGUCCGGCGUUCUGUCGAUGGCACUCCCAAUCCAGACGCUACUAUGGAUGACAGCCGUGUGCUCCUUGCCGGUGGGAUCGGGAAGAGGAAGAAGAAGAUGAGGAGGAAUCCAAAAGUUGAUUCACCCACCGCUGCUGCUCCUCAAUCCGAACUGGCACCGACCGUUCAGCAACCGGAGCCUAUUCAGCAAUUCUCCGGUCAGGAUCAUUUUGACGCUAUGCUGAUUGAUGACCGCUUUGGUUCUGAUCAACUGCAUCAGUUCUCCCAACACUUCGACUCCGUUCAGGGGGAACCCUCGAACGUAGGUGGGACUCAUACCGACCAUAUCACUGGUCAGGUCGAGCGGAUCUCCUUAUCGGAUCCUGUUCACGAGGUGUUAGAAAGGGCUGGUUCUACCGCGAGCCAGAUCUGGUCGACAUCCUCCUGGUUCAACAAUUUCUCCCUUCCCCAGUUGCCGGUCGAGCAAUCUGAAGAAUGCCUGGCCUUGAUCGCUCUGAAGAUGGGUUUGUACACCCUGCAAAUGCGGGAAGCCCGUCUGGCCAAGGAACGGGAACUAAUUGUUGCUCAAUCUUCUGCUGAGCAAACCGCUGCUGCCGCCAUCUCCUCUCUGGAAGCCGAACGGAAGGCUUUUGCGGAGGAAAAACAAAGGCUGGAUGCUGAGUUUGGUACCCUUCGGGUCCAACUUGCUGCUUCCCAGGCAAAGGUCAUUGCUGCCGAGGCCGCACAGAUCAAGUUCGAGGAGAUGCCUUCCAGCAUCCCGGACGACCCCUAUGAA